UGAUACGAACGCAUGCAAUUAAAAAUUUGAAGGAGUUGGAAAAAUUGAGCCGGCUUUUAACCCCUCGCUUGCAACCUAAUGUAUUUUUAAUUUUACAAGGUGAAUUGGGAGUUGGAAAAACUACCUUGACCCAAUUAAUAGCCAAAAAUCUGGGAAUUAAAGAAAAAAUAACUUCUCCCACUUUUAACAUUCUCCAAAGAUAUCAGAUAAAAAAUGAUUAUUAUUUAAAUCAUUUUGAUUUUUUUCGUUUAAGCGUCGAUGAUAAUUUAGACAUUUUUCAAGAAUUGACUGUCGAUAAUUUAAAUAUUAUUGAAUGA